AUGCCGAGGUCCUUUCUGGUGGAUUCGUUGAUUUUAAGAGAGGCCACCGACAAGGGGAGCGAGAACAGCACGCCUCUCUUCCCCUACGCGGUGCACUCGCCCGGCCCGGGCCACCACCCGCACGGGUUGCCGGGCGCCUGCCACUCCAGGAAGGCCGGGUUGCUGUGCUUCUGCCCGCUGUGCAUGGCCGCAACGCAGCUGCACCCUUCUCCGCCUGCGCUGCCGCUUCUCAAAGCCUCCUUCCCGGCUUUCGGCUCGCAGUACUGCCACUCUCCCCUGUCCAGGCAACACGCGUCAUCCAACGGCAUCAACCUGGGUCACGGAGCCGCCAUGUACCAGGCCGCUUAUACAGUCCCAGACCCGCGUCAGUAUCAUUGCAUCUCCAUCGAAAACGGCAACAGUAAACUCCAGAGCAGCAAACGCAUGCGCACGGCCUUCACCAGCACGCAACUUUUGGAGCUGGAGCGGGAGUUCACCUCCAACAUGUACCUGUCCAGGCUCAGGCGCAUCGAGAUCGCCACCUACCUCAACCUGUCCGAGAAGCAGGUCAAGAUCUGGUUCCAGAACCGCAGGGUGAAGCACAAAAAGGAGGGAAAGAGCGGUUCCGGAGGCCCAAGGACUGCGAGCGGCGGGUGCAAAUGCUCUUCAGUAGCAAGAUGCUCGGAGGAAGAGGAGGACGACAUGCCCGUGUCCCCCUCGUCCUUCUCCGAAAAGGAGGACGUGGACUUGUCCGUCUCCCCUUGA